UAAUUGUGUUUAGUUUAUUCUGAGACGCCAUUCGCUUUCCGCGCGUUGUGCUAAAUAAAAGUUUGUUUUUUUCGGUGGCGAAGGCGCGGCCAUUUCGAUUAGAUCGACAUUAGUGCGUUCCGCUCGGCGAUCGCAGAAAUAGUCGGGAAUAAACAACGUAUUUACAUAAUUAGCAACAAACUAACGACAGCAACAACAGCAACAACAACAUGACGAACACCGAUGUGCGAAAGAGAAAACUGGCCACGGAUGAGAAACCGCCGCGGCGGAAAAGCAGUGGUUCUCCAAAUGCCAGCAGUGGUGCGAAUCGCGGUCCCAGCGGUCUCAAGAUCUCCUUCCUGUGCCUGGUCAUCUCCGUCAUCCUGCUGCUCUUUGUUUUCGGUGUGUACCAUUUGUAUUAUGUGAACGAACCAAUUCCUAAAGUUGUAUUAACCAAACCCUCUGAUUUCCCCACUGUUACCGUUCGCUAUGCUAAUGUGGAACCUCAUUUUCCGACUCCUGUUCGCCCUGUUGUCACUAAAAAACCCAUCACCAAAACACCCAAUGCCGAUGAUGAUGCUGCAGGCUUUGUCUCCGAGAAUGCCAGUCCCUAUUUGGCCCGUCUGGCCUCCCAGUUUGGCUACAGCAAGGUGCAGUAUGCGGCCAUCAUUGAUGCGGGAUCCACGGGCAGUCGCGUGUUGGCCUACAAGUUCAAUCGCAGCUUCAUCGACAACAAACUGGUGCUGUACGAGGAGCUGUUCAAGGAGCGCAAGCCUGGUUUGAGCUCCUUUGCGGACAAUCCCGCCGAGGGUGCCCACUCCAUCAAACUGCUGCUGGAUGAGGCGCGUGCCUUCAUACCCAAGGAGCACUGGUCCUCCACGCCUUUGGUGCUGAAGGCCACAGCUGGGCUGAGGCUACUGCCUGCCAGCAAGGCGGAAAAUAUCCUAAAUGCCGUCCGAGAUCUCUUUGCCAAGUCCGAGUUCAGUGUGGAUAUGGAUGCCGUGGAAAUCAUGGAUGGCACGGACGAGGGAAUCUUUAGUUGGUUCACCGUCAACUUCCUGCUGGGCCGGCUGUCCAAGACAAAUCAGGCAGCUGCCUUGGAUUUGGGUGGCGGCAGCACGCAGGUCACCUUCUCGCCAACCGAUCCCGAACAGGUGCCCGUGUACGAUAAGUACAUGCACGAGGUGGUCACGUCCAGCAAGAAGAUCAAUGUGUUCACGCACAGUUAUCUGGGUCUGGGUUUGAUGGCCGCCCGGCAUGCUGUCUUUACGCAUGGCUACAAGAAGGAGGAUUCAGUGCUGGAGAGCGUCUGUGUGAAUCCCAUUAUCGCCAAUCGUACGUGGACAUAUGGGAAUGUGCAGUACAAGGUCAGCGGUAAGGAGAACCCCAAGUCCAGUGCCGAGCAGCCCAUUGUGGACUUCGAUGCCUGCCUGGAUCUGGUCAAGAGCAAGGUUAUGCCGCUGGUCAAGCCCAAGCCAUUUACUCUGAAGCAACAUGCAGUGGCUGCUUUUAGCUACUACUUUGAACGUGCCAUCGAAUCGGGUCUGGUGGAUCCGCUGGCUGGCGGCGAGACCACCGUGGAAGCCUAUCGCAAGAAAGCCCAGGAAAUCUGCGCCAUCCCCAACGAUGAGCAGCCCUUCAUGUGCUUCGACCUCACCUUUAUCUCCACGCUGCUGCGCGAAGGAUUUGGCCUCAACGAUGGCAAGAAAAUUAAGCUUUACAAGAAGAUAGAUGGCCACGAAAUCUCAUGGGCCCUAGGCUGUGCAUAUAAUGUUCUGACUAGCGAUGAAAAAUUCAGUAAUUCCUAAUGCUCCUCCAUUAGUCCGUAGUUGAUAGACAAAACAGAAAAAAA